ACGAUGGGCGGGGCCUCAGCGAUCACGUGAUGUUUGGGUGCCGGCGGUGACGGGCGCGCGGCGGCAGGAACAAUACUGCUGAGCUGGGCCUUGGGUCCAUUGGGUUAUUGCUGCCAAGUUCCCAACAAGUGGCUCCACAGCACAGCAGAAUAAAAUUGUGGAUUAGAAGAAAGUUGUGUGUGCCCAGGAGAGCAGGACUUGGGAAGCACCUGGUUUGAAGUGUAAUCCAGCAUCCAUCACUAUCCAGAAAAUGUCUUAUGGAUCCAUUGAUGGGAGUGGAUUUGGGAGCAGGAACCCAUUUGGAGGCCCUUCCAGACAAGGCUAUCAACCUCUAGCCACCCAGAUUGAUCCCAGUGAACUGCAGGAACUUUUUCAGGAGACUUCAGCCAAUGUCUUCCGAAUUAACUCCAAUGUGACCUCUCUGGAAAGAAGUCUUCGAUCCCUGGGGACCUCAAACGAUACUCAAGAGCUGCAGGAUGGACUGCAUGCCACCCAGCAGGAGACUAAUAAAACCAUCACGACUAGCACCAAAGCCAUCAAGCAGCUGUCUGAGGUUGUCAGAGGCUCAUCCAGGCAAGAAAGGCUUCAGCUGGACAGGCUGAAGAACCAACUCUCAGAUGCCAUCCAGAGAUACGGAGCUGUGCAGAAAAAAAUAGCAGAGAAAUCCAAAUCUUUGCUUCCUACUGGGCAGAGAAGCACCAAACAGCAGAGCCCUAAGGCCCCCUUCUCUGACCUUCCUGAUGAUGAGAAGAUCUUUAACGGAGGCGAUGGCGUGUGGCAGAACCAGGGCCAGGACCAAGCCUUGCUCUCGGAAAUCACGGAGGAGGAUUUGGAAGCCAUCCGCCAGCGGGAAGAGGCCAUCCAGCAGAUUGAGAGUGACAUGUUGGAUGUGAACCAGAUCAUCAAAGACCUGGCCUCCAUGGUGCACGAGCAAGGAGACACAAUAGAUAGCAUUGAAGCCAACAUUGAGGCCUCUUCUUCCAACGUAGAAUCAGCCAAUGAGCAGUUGGCAAAAGCAAGUCAGCACCAACUACGAGCCAGGAAGAUGAAGUGCUGCCUCCUCUCCAUCGCCUUGGCUGUUCUGCUGCUCGUGGUCAUCAUCAUCGCGGUCUCCGUCAAGCGCUGACCUGGCUGAGCUUUGCACAGAGCCUGUGGUCACCCUGGGAAGUGGAAUGGAUUCUCAAGGCACUGCACAUUCAGGCCCCACGUCCGUGUCUGCAUUUCUGAUCGCGUCAUAUUAAACCUGCUAUAACCAACAAGCACUAAUUGUAUCAAAGAAAAGCUAAGUUUUAUACUGUGUGUUGGCAUCCUUGUGAAUAAUUUUGCCUAUUUUUCCCCCCUCUUCAUCAUAGGCAUGUUUUACCUUAUGUUACAGAUUUUAAUUAUACCCCCUGUAUCUGAGGAAUUCUAUUUCUUUGCCUCCAGAUUUGCUAUAGAAUGUGCUGUGAGACAAGUAGCUGUUAAUUCAUCUCUGUUGUUUGUGUUUUUAACAUGCUCCUGAUCUCCAAUUCUGCUCAUUUAAAACCGUGAAAGUCAA